AUGUUGAAACUUCAAGAAUAUCUUCCACAUGAGAGGAUGGUAAUUGAAACGGAAGACGAAUUAGAGAAACAAGGAAACCCGUUAAUUAGUCACCAAAACACGGAACCUCUUGCACAUAAAAAUAAAGGAAAGAGAAACAUAUGGAGUUUCUUUGAUGAAUAUGAAUAUCGAACAAGCAAACCAAGAAAAUUUAAAUUUAACUUCAGGAAAGAAUCUUCUUCAGCAGAAAAAAAAUUGAUUCUUAAAUUAGAUAUACUUAUUACUCUUUAUGGCUUGGUUGGAUACUGGUGUAAAUUUUUCGAUAGCAGCAAUUUAAGCAACGCAUAUGUUUCUGGCUUAAAGGAAGACAUUGGAAUGAAGGGAAAUGAUUUGAUUGAUACCCAAGUCAUUUAUGGCGUUGGAGCUAUUAUCUUUACGUUACCUUUCAUAUACAUUCUACCCAGAUUUUCGCCUCCAUAUGUCCUACUUAUUGGAGAGUUUAUUUGGUCCACAUUUACCUUAGCAACUGCAGGAGUCACAAAUGUCAAAGCUUUGAAAGCUUUUCGAUUUAUUAUAGGAGCAGCGGAAACAUCUUUUUUCCCUGUCAUUCAUUAUUCUUUCUCUUCAUGGUAA